AUUAAAAAGAAUUAAAAGCUCACCUUUCACCCCAUUUAACUAUUCAGAAAUUCCCUCAUUUCCCUUCAUUUUAUUUCUCCCCUCAAAUCAUACAUUAGAGGGAAAAAAGAUUAGCAAAAACAAAAAAAAACAAAAAAAAAAACAAAAAAAAUGGCUACAUCUGCUAAAACUUCAUCAAUCUUCUCAAGUGUAGCCCAAAAUCAACCAAAAAAAUUAUCAUUAUUUCAUGAAAAUAAUAAUACAAGUCUCUGUUAUUUUGUGAGAAAAUCAUCCUCAAAAAAUUUGAUUAACCUCUCCUUGAAAAAAUCAAAGCAUCUGAAUAGCGUAGUAACAAAAAAUGCCCUGAACACAAACACAAUUGAUUUAUCGACGACAACCAAAGAGCCGUCGGUUGGUAGUAAUGGGACAGGUGAGAAACAAACCCGUCCCAUGAUCCUGGUCUCCGAGAAGCUCGGAGAAGCAGGGCUCUCUGUUUUACGUGAGUUUGGUGAUGUAGACUGUCUGUAUGACCUUACUCCUGAGGAUCUUUGCAACAAGAUCACGCAGUACGAUGCGUUGAUUGUGAGAAGUGGGACGAAGGUGAACAGGGCGGUGUUUGAGGCGGCUAAGGGCGGCUUGAAAGUGGUGGGGCGUGCUGGUGUUGGGAUUGACAAUGUUGAUCUGCAGGCCGCGACGGAGUAUGGCAGUUUAGUGGUUAAUGCACCCACGGCGAAUACGAUUGCCGCGGCGGAGCAUGGGAUUGCGUUGCUUACUUCUAUGGCGAGGAAUGUUGCUCAGGCUGAUGCUUCUAUGAAAGCUGGGAAAUGGGGAAGAAGCAAGUAUGUAGGAGUGUCUCUGGUGGGGAAGACUUUGGCUAUAAUGGGAUUUGGGAAGGUAGGAUCAGAAGUUGCUAGAAGAGCUAAAGGACUGGGAAUGCAUGUGAUUGCUCAUGAUCCUUAUGCUCCGGCAGACAGAGCACGUGCAGUUGGUGUUGAAUUGGUUUCUUUCGACCAGGCCAUCUCCACUGCUGACUUUGUCUCCUUACAUAUGCCUCUUACUCCGGCAACUAAGAAAGUCUUCAAUGACACCACCUUUUCUAAGAUGAAGAAAGGUGUACGCCUCGUUAAUGUUGCUAGGGGUGGUGUUAUUGACGAAGAUGCUUUGAUUAGGGCUCUCGACACUGGCAUUGUUGCCCAGGCAGCACUUGAUGUUUUCUCAGAGGAACCCCCUUCUAAGGAUAGCAAAUUGGUACAGCAUCAAAACGUCACUGUCACACCUCAUCUUGGAGCCAGUACCAAAGAAGCUCAGGAAGGAGUGGCUAUUGAGAUAGCAGAGGCUGUUACUGGAGCAUUGAAAGGUGAACUCUCUGCAACUGCAGUCAACGCGCCAAUGGUACCUGCUGAGGUUUUAUCAGAACUAGCUCCUUAUAUCCAGUUAGCUGAGAAGCUAGGCAGACUAGCAGUACAGUUGGUGGCUGGAGGAAGCGGUAUCCAGACAAUCAAAGUGUCUUACAGAUCAGCAAGAGGCCCAGAUGACCUUGAUACUAGACUCCUCAGAGCAAUGAUCACCAAAGGUAUCAUUGAACCCAUCUCUGAUAUGCACAUCAACCUUGUCAAUGCAGACUUCACUGCCAAACAGAAGGGUCUUCGAAUUACUGAGGAGCGAGUUUCUGCAGACUCAUCUCAUGAGAAUCCAAUCCACUCACUCCAAAUUCAGAUCCCAAAUGUACAGUCCAAAUUCGAGAGUACCAUCUCGGAAAAGGGGGAUAUAAGCAUCGAAGGAAAAGUUAAGGACGGGAUUCCCCAUUUGACCCGUGUUGGGUCUUUUGCUGUGGAUGUAAGUCUUGAAGGGAACAUUAUCCUUUGCAGGCAGGUUGAUCAACCAGGCAUGAUUGGCAAAGUAGGGAACAUUCUAGCUGAUAAUAAUGUCAAUGUUAACUUUAUGAGUGUUGGGAGGACUAGUAAGAAGCACAAGGCUAUAAUGGCAAUUGGUGUCGAUGAAGAACCUCAAGAGGAUGCCCUCAGCAAGAUUGGACAAGUUCAGGCAGUCGAAGAGUUUGUGUUCCUAAAACUCUAGGAAACUUCAACCGUACAUGCAGGAACAGAUUCUAAAAUAAAGGCUGGCUUCUGACAUUCAGACCAACCCUGCUUUGCAUAUGCAAAGCCACCUCAGGGUUUUACUCCCUAUAUUUAUAUAUUGGUAACAGUAUUUCAGGAACUAGUGCCCCUUAGCCCCCCACCCCAACAGAAAAAAAAACGGUUUGAUAUAUGAUCUCGAGUUGAAAGCAACUUCAUAAAUAUAUGUAAGAACGUAAGGUCCUUGUUUGAUUACAAUAUUAAUGCAGCAAGUGAGUUUGGUUUGAAUAA